UCUCCCCCCAGGGAAAUGGCAACGGUGGAGCAAGGUUCUAAGUCAGUGUCCAAUCCAGACUGGGAACCUGAGCGAGACCAGAAACCUAUUACCCAACUAGAGCCUGUGCCAGAAAAAAGACUCAUGGCCCAGCCAGAAUGGAAACCUCCGCAGGAACCCACUACCCAACAGGAGUUUGCAUCCCAGCAAAAACCUCUCACCCAGCAGAAGCCCUUUGCUCAGUAUGAGGUUGAAUCCCAGCAGGACACUAGAACUCAACAAAAAUCUGCAUUGAACCAGAAAAGUCUUGCCCCAGAGCAAUCACCCUCCACCAAAAGGCUGAACUUCAACCAACACGAAGCUGCCUUACUGCAGGGACCUGGGGCAGAAAACGUGUCUACAACUCAGCAGGAACCAGAAUUGAGACAGGGAGAUGUAGCCCAACGAGGACGUCAAAAAACGGAAUUAGCACCUACAGCCCAAGGACUAUCUGAAUCCGAAAAAGGACCAUCUGCUCAGAUUGAGACUACAUCCCAAAAUAGACCUGGACAGUCGGCUCCUACGGUCCAGAAAAUACAUCCAGUGCAGGGGGCCAAAGCCAAGGAGGAAUCUUUGACAAAGUGGGAAUUUCUAAGAAAACUGGACAAACUAUCCAUACAGCAAUCAGCCCAAGAGUCAAAGUUGUUUUUUGACUGGAUCAGAGAUUCAGGCCCAGAAACAGAUGUUAGGACAUCUUCAGGAAAAGAUCCUCCAAUCACGAGAGGUGAAACAGAGGCCCCAGGAAUGAAUCUAGCUUCCAAAAGGAAACCUGGUUAUGAAAAACUGCAAGGACAUAGUGGAAGGUCACUACCUGGGAAGACCACUGCCCAGGAUCACAGACACCAAACAGACACGGCCUCCCGGUUCAUGCAUACCAUGGACCUGCACACGAUGACACAGUCGUUGGUGACCCUGGCGGAAGACAACAUGGCCUUCUUCUCCAGCCAGGGACCCGGGGAGACGGCACGGCGGCUGACAAGCGUUUUUGCAGGUGUGCGAGAGCAGGCACUGGGGCUGGAGCCAGCCCUGGUCCGCCUGCUGGGCGUGGCACACCUCUUUGACCUAGACUCAGAGACACCGGCCAAUGGGUACCGCAGCCUGGUACACACAGCCCGCUGCUGCCUGGCACACCUGCUCCACAAAUCCCGCUACGUGGCCUCCAACCGCCGCAGCAUCUUCUUCCGAGCCAGCCACAACCUGGCAGAACUGGAGGCCUACCUGGUCGCCCUCACCCAGCUCCGUGCUCUGGCCUACUAUGCCCAGCACUUGCUGGCCACCAACCAGCCGGGGGGCCUCUUCUUUGAGGGAGAUGAGAGGCUCACUGCUGAGUUCCUGCAGGAGUAUGUCACACUGCAUAAAGGCUGCUUCUAUGGCCGCUGCCUGGGCUUCCAGUUCACGCCUGCCAUCAGACCGUUCCUGCAGACCAUCUCCAUCGGGCUGGUGUCCUUUGGGGAGCACUACAAACGCAAUGAGACAGGCCUCAGUGUGACCGCCAGCUCACUCUUCACCAGUGGCCGCUUUGCCAUCGACCCAGAACUUCGUGGGGCUGAAUUUGAGCGGAUCAUACAGAACCUGGAUGUGCACUUCUGGAAAGCCUUCUGGAAUAUCACAGAGAUCGAGGUGUUGUCGUCUCUGGCCAACAUGGCAUCAGUCACUGUGAGAAUUAGCCGCCUACUCAGCCUGCCGCCUGAGGCCUUUGAGAUGCCUCUGACCUCUGACCCCAAGCUCACAGUCACCAUCUCACCUCCCUUGGCCCACACAGGCCCAGGGCCUGUCCUCAUCAGGCUCAUCUCCUACGAACUCCGUGAAGGACAGGACAGUGAGGCGAUCAGCAAUCUGGUGAAAUCCGAGGGCCCAUGGAGCCUGGAGCUGCGGCCCCGGCACCAGCAGGCACCCCGAUCUCAAUCCCUGGUAGUACAUAUCCACGGUGGCGGCUUUGUGGCCCAGACCUCCAAAUCCCAUGAGCCCUACCUCAAGAGCUGGGCCCAGGAGCUGGGUGUCCCUAUCAUCUCCAUCGACUACUCCCUGGCCCCCGAGGCACCCUUCCCCCGAGCGCUGGAGGAAUGCUUCUUCGCCUACUGCUGGGCUGUCAAGCACUGCGCCCUCCUCGGUUCGACAGGGGAACGGAUAUGCCUUGCCGGGGACAGUGCAGGUGGGAAUCUCUGCUUCACGGUGUCCCUUCGAGCAGCAGCCUAUGGGGUGCGGGUCCCUGAUGGCAUCAUGGCAGCCUACCCAGCCACGAUGCUGCAGUCUGCCGCCUCGCCCUCCCGCCUUCUGAGCCUCAUGGACCCACUGCUGCCCCUUAGCGUGCUCUCCAAGUGUGUCAGCGCCUAUGCAGGUGCAGAAACAGAGGACCACUCCGGCUCAGACGAGAAGGCACUGGGCAUGAUGGGGAUAGUGCGGCGGGACACAUCCCUGCUGCUCAGAGAUAUCCGCCUGGGUGCCUCCUCCUGGCUCAAUUCCUUCCUGGAGCUGAGCGGGCACAAGUCCCAGAAGAAACCAGUGCCUGUUGCAGAGCCAAUACGCCGAAGUGUAUCAGAGGCUGCCCUGGCCCAGCAGGAGAGCCCACUUGACACAGACUCCCUCAAGGGACUGAAAAACUUGAGCCUGAAGGGCUACUCCGAGUCGUCAGACACUUCCAAGCUGUCCGAGAUGUCACAGUCCCUGGAGGCACUUGCCCCCUCCAAACCCUCUGAAGUCAACUUGUUUCUGCGGCCUGAGGAUGCCCUGGAAGAGGCAGAGGCCAACGAAGCGCUGAGCACCAAGGACAGAGGCCCUGGCAGCCCAGCCACCUUCCCUGAAGGUUUUCACCCGCGGCGCUCCAGCCAAGGUCCUAUCCACAUGCCCCUCUACUCAGCGCCCAUCGUCAAGAACCCCUUCAUGUCACCUUUGCUGGCACCCGAUCACAUGCUCAAGACCCUGCCGCCUGUGCACAUCGUGGCGUGUGCACUGGACCCCAUGCUGGACGAUUCAGUCAUGUUCGCCCGGCGACUGCGGGCACUGGGCCAGCCGGUGACGCUGCGCGUCGUGGAGGACCUGCCGCACGGCUUCCUGAGCCUGGCUUCGCUGUGCCGGGAGACACGACAGGCCGCCCAGCUGUGCGUAGAGCGCAUCCGCCUCAUCCUUACUCCGCCAGCCGCGCCAGCGCAUCCCUGAGGGGGCCAGGCCUGGGCCAAGCAGCCUGGGGAGACGGGGGCCCUGGAGAGUGACACUAAAGACCUCUUGUUCCCAUCUGCACCGGCCUCGGUGGUAAAUGUGAUCUGGGACAGUCCUACCCGGCGGCGGAGGCGGGAGGGCUGGCCGUGCCUUAAGUCUGGGGACCUCGAGGGGGUAGGGCAGGGGCCCAGUGCUGAGAUUUGGCCCGGGGAGGAGGGCGUGCACACGCUGGGCACCGGACCUGCACUGCACUACUGUCUUGCUGCUGCUGCUGCUGCUGCUGCUGCUGCUGCUGCUACCGACUCUUGCAAGUCCGUUUGUUUUUUUGUAAAUAAAAGUAUUUAAUUA